UUCGGAAUAACAUCGGACACUGGAUUUUUUUUUGGUGGAUACAGAUCUAGAGGAUCAAUAGCUACCAGCAAGUGGUGAGGGGAUGGAUGUUGUGCUACGUUACGCUGACAAGAGUGUACUUACACCUUACGUUUACCCGGACACGUGGCCCGAGGAUGACCCAAUACGACAGGUGAUCAGCCUACUCCUGGUGACAAACAUUGGAGGAUACCUGCUGUACCUCAGCACAGCCACUAUCAGCUAUCUCUUUAUAUUUGACAAACGUCUGAUGGACCAUCAACAGUUCCUGGAGAACCAGGUUAAGCUGGAGAUCCUGUACACGCUCAAAUCUGUUCCUCUGAUGAGUCUACCGACCGUUCUUCUGUUCUUUUUGGAGGUUAGAGGUCACAGCAAACUCUAUGAUGAUGUAGGCACAUCCAAAUUAAGUUGGUUGUUUGUUCUGACCAGUGUGGCUACAUUCAUCCUGUUUACUGACAUGUGUAUCUACUGGAUUCACCGAUUUCUCCACCAUCGCUCCAUCUACAAGUACAUACACAAGGAUCACCACCGCUGGAAGGUACCCACACCGUAUGCCAGCCAUGCGUUCCACCCCCUGGAUGGUUUCCUGCAGAGCUGCCCUUACCACAUCUAUGUGUUCCUCUUCCCCCUCCACAAGUACACCUACCUUGCACUCUUUGUUUUUGUCAACAUCUGGACUGUGUCAAUCCAUGACGGUGACUAUAGGGUACCUCAGAUAUUGAAGCCUGUUGUCAAUGGGUCAGCCCAUCAUACUGACCAUCAUCUCUUCUACAGCUACAAUUACGGUCAAUUCUUCACCCUCUGGGACCGUAUAGGAGGCUCCUUCAGGAAUCCCAGUGCGUUUGAAGGCAAGGGGCUUUUAGAGGAGAUGCUCAAGGCACAGGCUUCAAAAGGACCGCAGACAAAUGGCCAUGCUAGCAAUGGAAUUGUAAAAAAUGGGAAAAUGGAGUAAUGGAAAGCCUGUUUCAACUUGUAAUAUACUAUCACAGAAAAUCUGCAAACCUCACUUUGAGCUGGUCAGUGGGAGCUGUAUGUUGAACCAUUUAGAUACAUAUGUGAAGCAUCCCUUAAGCUGAUCCCUCCCACACAAAUCACACAUCUCACUUUUGGAAAAGCGUGGUAACAUUGGUGACAUGGUAGAAUUACUGAUAAUAAUCCUUAUAUGACUUAAAGAUUAAUUUACUCCAGCAUUACAAGUGGCUUUACAGGUACAUACUAGCCAGUACAACGUGAUAUUGGGAGGACUAUCGAUCAUAUUUGUUAAUAGAUCCAUGUUAUAUUUGUGGAAAGUUGUUAAUUCUGUUUUAUAUUUAUAAAGUUAAUGUUUUGAGAAGGAAAUGUAUCUUCUUAUUUUGCCAAAAGCUUCUUUUCCAGCUGAGAUAUUUUUUUUGAUCUUUGUAUGUGAAAGAACACUAAGAUUUCUCUUUAUAAUUAGCAUUAAAAUGUGAUGAAUUAUUUAGUGAUUGUUAACAGUGAUUCAAGUAUUGAUGAACUGUAUUGUUUUACCAUUAUUAUUUCUCCCACCUCGAAGUACAAACAGUGCCCCAUACAAAACACUUACGUGUGACACAAACAGUGCCCCAUACAAGACACUUACGUGUGACACAAACAGUGCCCCAUACAAAACGCUUACAUGUGACACAAACAGUGCCCCUUACAAAACACUUACGUGUGACACAAACAGUGGCCAUUACAAAACACUUACAUGU